AUGAGGGACCCAACCGCAGAUAUGGAAGAGACCCCCCAGCAACCGGCGACCAACGGGGCGACCGAACCCCGCCGCCCUACCAAGUCAGUUCGAGUCGCGUUUGGACCCGAGCUAGAAACAACCAUUCCCACCCGCGAACGCUCUCCUGCUCCAUUGAGCAGUCACCAUCGCUCCUUCACAACCGUUGAACAGAUGUCCUCCUCGUUGGCCCCGCCUGCUCGCCCCACGAGCUCUGGCGGCGAGAAUGCCGUGGUUUCCCUAGACGAGCCACCUCGACGACCCUCCCCUCGCAGAUCGGAGAGCAGCCGACCCGCCAUGCUGAAGCGAGCACGGAGUGAUUAUGGUCCUAGUCGUGUCACAUUCGACAAAUCGCCGGGAGAAGAUGAGGAAGACUUCGCUAUGCGCCAUGGAUGGCAGGAGGAAUACACCUCCAGCGAAUAUCUCAAGAUUUUGCACUCGAAUUUCUACAUGUAUUUCACGGAGAAACGUCACGAGACCAACGGCAUCCCGCGCGACCCGGACGGAAGCUGGCCAGCUCAGGAGUGGCGCAUGAAGGAUAGGCUCAAGACCGUCUCUGCAGCUCUCGCGAUUUGUCUGAACAUCGGCGUCGAUCCUCCAGAUGUGGUCAAGACGAAUCCCACCUCGAAGCUCGAAUGUUGGGUCGAUCCCACCUCGACCACGGGUGGCGGCCAGAACAAGAUCAUGGAACAGAUUGGCAAGAAGUUGCAGGAACAGUAUGAGACGUUGAGUCUUCGCACCAGAUACAAGCAAUAUCUGGACCCAUCGGUCGACGAGACCAAGAAGUUCUGUAUGUCUUUGCGAAGGAAUGCCAAGGACGAGCGAGUACUUCUACAUUACAAUGGCCACGGAGUGCCCUUGCCCACCCAAUCCGGUGAAAUCUGGGUGUUCAACAAGAACUACACCCAAUAUAUCCCUGUGCCACUUUAUGACCUCCAGUCGUGGCUCGCUGGCCCCAGUCUCUUCGUUUUUGACGUAUCACAUGCGGGGAACAUUGUCCAGAACUUCCAUACCUUCGUGGAGAAGCACGAGAAAGAAAAUGCGGAGGCUAAGAAGCGUGACCCCAAUGCCAUUGUGCAAAACUACAGCGAUUGCAUUCUUCUUGCAGCCUGCCAAAAGAACGAGUCCCUUCCAACGAACCCCGACCUACCCGCCGAUCUCUUUACUUGUUGUCUCACCACCCCGAUUGAAAUCGCGCUGCGAUUCUUCGUUUUGCAGAACCCGCUGCGGACUGAUCUCUCCAUCGACGAUUUCCGUGUCCCAGGUCGCCUCCAGGAUCGUCGCAGUCCGCUCGGAGAGCUCAACUGGAUCUUCACGGCGAUCACCGAUACGAUUGCUUGGAAUACGCUGCCGCGGGCUCUUUUCAAGAAGCUUUUCCGACAGGAUCUGAUGGUUGCUGCACUCUUCCGCAAUUUCCUCCUUAGUGAGCGUAUCAUGCGCACCUACAAAUGUCAUCCCAUCUCCUCGCCGGAACUCCCUGGAACUCACCAGCACGCGCUCUGGAAGAGCUGGGAUCUUGCCGUGGAGAUGGUACUUUCGCAGUUGCCUGCUCUGAUCGAUCACGAGGAGGGUCGCCGACAGUAUGAGUACCAGCAUUCUACGUUCUUCGCUGAGCAACUCACCGCAUUCGAGGUUUAUCUUUCGUCUGGUCCCACGGAGAAGAACCCACCGGAUCAGCUACCUAUUGUCUUGCAAGUCCUUCUCAGUCAGGCUCACCGACUACGCGCAUUGAUAUUGCUGAGCAAGUUCCUGGAUCUGGGCCCAUGGGCUGUCCACCUGGCUCUCAGCAUUGGUAUUUUCCCCUAUGUCGUGAAGCUGUUGCAGUCAGCUGCUCAAGAAUUGAAACCCGUCAUGGUUUUCAUUUGGGCUCGCAUCAUGGCCGUGGACAAUGGAGUUCAGGUUGAUCUUCUCAAGGACAAUGGUAUUCACUACUUCAUCUCCAUUCUCAACCCGUCUUCGCCCAUCCCCGUUGGAAACGCUAGCGAGCACCGCGCCAUGUGUGCCUUUAUUGUCUCCAUCUUUUGCAGGAACUAUCCUCAAGGUCAGAACGUGUGUCUGUCCGGUGAUCUGUUCGACUCGUGCUUAAGGCAUCUUGGCGACGUUGAGAACCCCCUGCUUCGUCAGUGGUCAUGCCUCUGUUUGAGUAUGCUCUGGCGUGAUUUCCCGGAAGCCAAGUGGAUGGGAAUUCGAUGUGCAGCUCCGACCAGACUUUGUGAAUUGAACUUUGACCCAGUACCGGAAGUUCGCGCUGCUAUGCUUCAUGCAGUCACGACAUUCCUUGGAAUUCCCGAUCUGACCGACCAAGUGGCCCAGAUUGAGGAGUCCUUAGCUUUGUCGGUCUUGCCCAUGUCGGCUGAUGGAAGUGUGCUUGUCCGCAAAGAGCUUGCUGUCUUUUUCUCGACCUUUGUCAAGCGCCACCAGAAUAAGUUUGUGGUGGCUGCUUAUGAAGAGCUGCAGGAUGAGAAACGAUCCCUGAUGCACCGUCUGCAAAACGAAAACUCGCACACUAGCCGCAUCGAAGGCCAGAAUGGUGAUAUUAUUAGCGAGCCCAAGCAAACCCAAUUGUCUCGGAACACCACGUUCGGUACAAUCUGGAAACAGGUUCUUAUCCUUUCCGUCGACCCGCACCCUGACAUCGCCCAGGAUGCUGGUAUUAUUGUUGACUACAUUCACCUUGCCCUUCUGGAGUCACCCAUGUCGACUCUUGCUGACAGAAUCAGAAUCGAAAUUCUGGAUCUCACAAGCCGUAUGUCACAACGGUAUCAGGUACAGGAACGACCGGAGACGAAGAAGUCAGCACCGCCCUCAACACCCCCAUCGUCAACAACAGCACCCGCCAAACAAGAAGGCUACCUUUCGCUAGGCUUCAGACGCACUGCCAGUGUUGCCGCCUCUCUAAAGAACCUUGCCUUCGGCGGCUCUGCGACCGAUUCUUCCGAAAAUUCGACCCCUCCAUCGCCAACCUCGAAAAGUCGGAUGCCCAUGACCCCCCGCGGUCGUGCUCCCCCCGAAUGGACGCGCCCUCCAGAAGUAAACGACCAUGUCGCUCCAGCAACAGCUUAUCACCAAGCUCCUACUCCCACGUCUCGAGGCUUCGAACCUAGGAACCCAGAGGUCGCACCCGUUAUCCCGCUGAAGAGCCAUUUCCUAGCCUGGUCCACAGAGGUAAUUCCAUCAUUUGUUUACCGCCCCGUUACCCGAGAGGAGGUCUUGGAGAUUGCUGGAAAUCCCGUACUUACGCUCGAAAAGUAUUUCCGCGAGCCCCAGAUGAAACCGAAUGAACCCGACGAACCCGGUAGUUCCGAUUACAACGAGCGACUUUGGCGACGCGGCCGCAACGAGAAGAUUAUUUCAGAGACGCAACCCCUCAAGGGUAAGGCCGGCACAAGCCGGUGGGACAAUUCGGUUACUCUACUCUCGAACAGCAGCCAGCCGUUGAAGAUGUGCUUCCACCAAUUCGAGGAUCAUCUCGCCGUUGCGGAUGAUCGGGAUACUAUUGCGAUCUGGGACUGGCAGAACCACAAGCGCCUCAACCAGUUCUCGAAUGGGAACCCCGUGGGGUCGAAGAUCAACGAAGUCCGCUACAUCAAUGAGGAUGAUCAAGCCCUUCUCUUGACUGGUUCUUCCGAUGGUGUACUCAAGCUUUUCCGUCACUACGAGUCGGCAAGGAACAUUGAGGUCGUGACAGCUUUCCGGGCCUUGCCUGAACUAAUUCCAAGCAACCGCAACGCGGGUCUCGUGCUUGACUGGCAGCAGGGACAAGGAAAGGCUCUCGUUGCAGGAGAUGUGAAGGUGAUCCGGGUGUGGAACGCAGCUACCGAAGUGUGCACUAAUGAUAUUCCCGCACGCUCCGGUUCCUGCAUCACGUCUCUGACUUCGGAUCAAGUUGCUGGCAACAUUUUCGUUGCGGGCUUCGGUGACGGUGCUGUCCGUGUCUUCGAUCAACGUCUCAAACCCACUACAUCGAUGAUCAAGGUCUGGCGUGAGCAUAAGCAGUGGAUCACUAAUGUCCACAUGCAACGGGGUGGCUUGCGAGAGCUCAUCUCCGGCAGCCGCAAUGGCGAGAUCCGCCUAUGGGAUCUUCGCAUGAAUGGCGCCCUCUCCACUAUCUCCGCCACCAAGGAUACUCUUCGCACUCUGAGUGUCCACGAACAUGCCCCUGUCUUCAGCAUGGGCACAAACCGCCACGAAGUCAAAACCUACAACGUCGAUGGCACAUACCUCUCCACCUUCGAGCCGUACUCGAGCUUCCUCCACCACAACCGCUCCUCUCCCAUCGCUGGUACGGCCUUCCACCCGCACCGAACCAUGCUCGCGUGCGCGGCACUAAACGACCACCACAUCAAUCUCGUUUCUUGCUAG